AGCAGGCUCGGACCGAGCCGGACGCGCGCGUCCCCGACAAGCGAUGCAGUGUGAACACGCCUAACUUUUUUUUUACUACGAGAAUCGCAAUUGGCCGUCGGUCACGUUUGGUUUCCUAGUCAUUGGAAUCGCCGCCGACCUCCUACUCUCUCCCAGUCCCGCUAAAGUCCCCAUCACUGCGUUGCUUGGUCUUCCCUCUGGUCAAUGAGCGGACCUCCACAGUCACAGGAACAAGCCUUGUUGUCCGCCUGCACGACCACCAACGAGGCGAUUGCUUCAUAAAACAGCCAGCUCUCCUCUCAAUCCAGGAGGAGCUAGUCCCCGGGGAAGACAAUCCAGACGUCAAGCAGUCAAGAAACAGUCGUCCGGCUAGAGCGAGAACCGAGAAGCCAUGUUGAUCGUCCUAGCCCUGAUCAUCGUGUUCCAUCUGGCCUCAGCUGCGCUGCUGUUUGCAGCCACCAUAUACAACUCAUGGUGGGUGGUCUCUACCUCCACUGAAAACGUGUACUACUCAGACCUGUGGUUCACCUGCAAUGAGACGUGCUACUCCGUGGCCAAGAGCCACACUGCAGACGCAGCCUACCUGCAGACGGUGCAGGCCACCAUGAUCCUGUCCACCAUCCUGUGCUGCAUGGCCUUCUUCGUCUUCAUCCUGCAGCUCUUCAGGCUGCGGCAGGGCGAGCGCUUCGUCUUCACCGCCAUCAUCCAGCUGCUGGCCUCUGUCUGCGUGAUGGUGGCGGCGUCUGUGUACACGGCGCAGAAGGACAGCUUCCACGAGCCGAAGCUGCGGGCGGGCACCUACAGCUCCUCCUUCUACCUGGCCUGGGCCAGCUUCCCCAUGACCCUGCUGAGCGGCAUCAUGUACCUGGUCCUCCGCAAGCGCAAAUAAGGACCGGCCCUGCCCCGACAGAGCGCCAGAGAGCUGUACCACCAUCGCUGAAGGUCAGAGGGGAGCUCAGGCUGCUGCUUUUGGACCACGCCAACUCUCAAAGUGGGGUGUGCAGCCGGGUCUCUGGUGUCGUCUGAGGUUGUCAUGCAGGAAGGGGUCUUAGUGGAGUUAAUCAAGUGUCGGCUUGUUGGUGAAACAAUGGCUUUGGCUGGCAUGCUCUACUCUAUCUAAAUUGAAGGUAUGGUAUGGUAGGCUCCCUCUAGCUUUUAUAUAUAUAUAUAUACAUACAUAUAUAUAUAUAGAUAUUUAACUCAAUGGGCAAAAGUUAGGCUGCUGUUGUGUGUCAAGUUACUCAUCAGGAUGUUCUGCAUCGUGCAUCAAACACACAAACACUUACACACACAUGCAGACACAGAGUGCAGAUAUAGAGACACACUACGGCCACGUGCAUUGAACUCCCCUCAAUUCCACUCACCAUGAAUCUCACUGCAAUAUAGCAUCACUAUAGCGUGUACUGCUACAACACUGAGGUCACACUUAUCGCAUUCCCGUUACUAAACCAAACCAAUCAAAGCCUAGGAAUUAUUUUGAAAUAUUUUGAGAUGCAGACGUCUCACACAAACAGGAGAGGACUUAGUAACGUGCUAAAGCUAGUGUUCAAGGAAAUCGAUCUGUACAUAUUUGCUUUGUGUGUAUAAUAGAAGUUAGUACUACAACUGCUUUGCAUAAUAUGAAUAGGAAGAAUGUAUGGAGUUAGAAUCAUGCACACACGCAAAACCCAUGCCAAAACCCUGCACACACGCAAAACGUGUUUUGCGUGUGUGCGGGGUUUUGGCAUGAUUCUAACUCCAUAAGAAUGUGUAUGCACACCUGUGUACAUACACACAAUCGAGGUAUAAUAGAGGUUUGGUGUGAAGACCGAUGUAGGAUUAUCUUAUUAUAUUUCUAUAUUUUUGUUAUGUAACUGACUCUUGUGUUCUAAUGAUGGGAAGGAACCAAUUAUGUGCUGUGACUUUUUACGUUUUCUUUUUGAGGUGUGCAUAGGAAAAAAAACACACUGCACACUUUUAUAUUAUGAAAAGAUAUGAAAAUGGGAUAGCUAUUUAUUUGUUUCAAACCACUAGAGCAUAAAAGCAAUUAAAUAUUCAGAUUGUCGGAUUGAAGUCCAGCGAAACAUGUUAGAUCAAAUGUUUUUUCCAUUUUCUUUUGCUUUGCUAUUUUCUUACCUGUCAUUCUCCAAUGCUAAAGUGAAGCUCCAAAACACCACCUUCUACCUGUGGCUUCCCUGGACAGACCAAGGGCAUAUAUUAGAGCCAAGCCUGAGGUAAUAUUCAGCCUGGUAUUAACUUGAGAUCUAGACUGGAUCACCCUGUUCUUGGCAUUAAUCAUCAAAAUGCUUUAUGAGGAAUCCUUAUUUUAUUAAGAUAAUUUUUGAUAAUAUCUUUAGGAUUUUUUGGAUUAACAAGUUAGGCCAAUUUAACAUCAGUACUGGAAUGAUGUAAGCAACAUACUGGAGCACCUAGGGUUUGUGCUUGUGUGUGUGUUUCAGCAUUUUGGCCCAAGAUUAUAAUAUACAGAUGUACGGAUAGAUAGAUAGAUACAACUUUAUUAAUCCCCCGGAGGGGAAAUUCCUUUGUUACAGCAAAGAAGCAGCAUUAACAUCACAGUAAUUCUAUUUAACCUUUUUUUUCACUAUUAAUAAAAUAUGUUUUGCUUAUGGUGAAAGAAUUGGAGUAAGUGGGACUCAAAGAAUACAAGGGGAACAUCAUUUCCAUCUGUAGUGUUGAAAAUGUCUUAGGUCAAUUUAUUUAGUGAUUUGAUUCGAUUUUGUUUUGUGUUUAGCGCUGUGCCUUUUAAAUAUUUGUCUUGGUCAUUGAAGUAUUAAUUACAACACGUUCGGUUUGCUUCAACCAAGAAACUUGUUUCCAUGUUUUACCGUGAAUACAAUCUGUGACUGUACAAUACAAAACUCGACCAGAGAGAAACACUGUUCUGUGAUUUUGGUGGUUUGUAUGCGUGUGUUUGGCCUACAUAUCAUAUUUGUACCUGUAUGUUUUCAAUUUUUUCAAUAGUUCUUCUGAGGGGGAUCAAACAUUGGACAUUUACUUAAGACGUCGCACACGUGUACACGUCCUUCUUGUAAUGUUUUCAUUUAACUAAAGUAUUGUUUGGCUGUCUAAAAUCAAUAUAUGUAUUUUAAAUUGAAAGCAUAUCAUCAAAGGCUAAAACAGUGGAAUGGUUUUGAUAAGAGGACAAGAAUGUCUGUGCUAUAGCCUGCAACAUUAAACAUAUCUGUUGUGUAAAUGUUUUCAGUUUUCCCUAAUUAAGUAGAGGCCUACCAAACGAGCUACUGGGCUCAACUCUUGUUGAGCUCAAUACAUUUAUUUUGCAAAACAAACUGGAUAUGUAACCCUGUGUGAUCAUUUGAUUAUUUCACUAUAUUGAAUAAAAUUGAUAUCACUGGAUUGACAACACUGCUGUUCCCUCUGCUAUAAUAACGCGAGCUGCUGUUGUUGAGCUUGGAGCUAAAUCAAGAUUGUUCAUCGGGCGCCGGUAGGGGGAGGCACAACGGUUAUUUUUGUGACAAGCAUUUUGUUAUUUUUUAAUAGGCCCGACUUCGAGACUAGAUCGAAAGUUUCUCCUUUAUUGUAUAACAUUUGUCCGUGCAUUGAAUACAAUUGCCUCUACACAUCUAUUUCCUUAAUAUGUCUCGUUUUAAUGUGAGCAAAAUUUGAACACGCUCAGGAUACAAAAUGAUGUCCAAACGAUGACUUGAAACAUAUCGACCAAAGAAAAUGACAAUUCAGAUAAAUGAUCUGUCCAAAGCGGACUCCGAUAAUAAUCUCGUCGUUUUCCCAAUGUCCAUCUAGUGGCCGCUUCUCUAUUUUACACAACUGUGCUAUCCGUGGUGCUGAAACACUGCUCCAAAGCGAACGUCUCUUCGAGAAUACUUAUCAAACCGUUCCUUCAGUGUUGACAAACCCAAUAAAGAAUGGUUUAUUAAUGAUUCAAUUGUUUGUGAUAGUGUCUAUUGAGCUACACAUUUAGACUGAUGCACUAUUUUUAAUUGGUGAACUUGUGUCACCUGAAUACAUGACAUCGAUUAGUUCACAGUCCAACACCUGCA